GAAAGUUUACUCCGUCCGGCUAACAAGUUGACAGCUUCACUGCGCGCCUCAACGCUUCCUCUACGUCGACUUGAGCCAGCCGUUUCGGUAGGCUCAACAGCACGUGGCCCCGUCAAGGCACAAGUUGCCUCGGUAGACGAUAGAAGUAGUAUCGGAGAGGCCACCGUCAACUCCCCUGCUGGCCCCGAGGCUGAUUUUAGAGCCGGCCCACUCGGAGAUGAUGUCUGCAUGAAUGUUGGGCAUUGUAAAACUGCCACAGUCACUACAAUGUCAUGUUCCACGUCUACUGCUACCCCACCAACAACCUUUUCCGGCACUCACCUCCCUGCCGUGGCUCCAGCAUCCUUGCCGGAAGCUGUGGUGGGAUUUUCAAAUGGCUCUGGUGCAUUACUUCAUUCCCAUUGCCAGCCGCUCGGCCUUGAUGAGUUUGGUCCUGCGGUCUCGACGACAUCCUCACCUACGGAGGCCUAG